CACUAUGCACUUCAUAUUUUUUCUUCUAUUACUCUUCUAUCCCACAUGUUUCCUAGCAAGAACAACACCACCGGCAACCACCAUGAUCUCCACCGUAAACCACCACAACUCCACCUGGAGCACCUUCGGAAAAUUCAUCGAUACGAGCAAAGGCAGCCACGUCAGCGGCAUAUCAGAUCUCAAGAACUACAUGCAACGUUUCGGGUACCUUCAAGUAUCCGAAACAAGUAUCAACGACGAAUUCAACGAAGAAUUCGAGGUUGCAAUAACCCGAUACCAACGGAAACUCGGCCUCACCGUCACCGGAAAACUCGACACCGAAACCAUCUCUCAAAUGACCGUACCGAGAUGUGGCGUGCGUGACACGGCACCACCACUAAAUACCCAUGCAAUACAACAUUAUAAAUACUUCAAGGGCAAGCCAAGAUGGUCACGUGCCAUGCCAACAACUCUCACGUAUGCUUUUUCCCCUAAUAAUAUUAUUUCAAGUGUAAACCUUUCCGACAUAAAAGUCAUCUUCCGACGUGCUUUCUCACGUUGGUCAUCUGUGAUUCCGGUUAACUUCACCGAAGCCGAAGAUUACGGGUUUUCUGACAUCAAGAUCGGGUUCUACAACGGCGAUCAUGACGAUGGAGAGCCGUUUGAUGGUGUUUUAGGUGUUUUAGCACAUGGGUUUUCACCGGAGAGUGGAAGGCUCCACCUUGAUGCGGCGGAGACGUGGGCGGUGGACUUCGAGCGUGAGAAAUCCGCGGUGGCGAUUGAUUUGGAGUCCGUGGCGAUUCAUGAAAUCGGGCAUGUGUUAGGGUUAGCUCAUAGUUCCGUGAAGGAAUCUGUAAUGUACCCUAGUUUGAAACCUAGAGAGAAAAAAACUGACUUGAAGGUUGAUGAUAUUGAAGGGAUUCAACAACUUUAUGGAUCAAACCCUAAUUUUAAUAUUGAAGCUUUGGCUCAAUCCGAUACUUCUUCGAAUCGUGGUGUUGGUUCCAAGAUCGAGCUUAGGUUAUCUUGGUGGACCAUCGCGUUCGCGAUGGUUUUGAUCGCGUGUGUAAACAUUAAAGGAUGAGAUAGAAUGAUCGACUAAUAUCGAUCAAAGCAAAGAUAGUAGGAGAUACAAGAUUUUGUACAUAAAACCUUAGAUUAAUUCGAGACAAAUGUUUUCACGACCGGACCGGACUAGUCAGACUGGAAAUUGCAUACACCGUCGGUCCAUUAGAGUGCUUGAGGAGAGGGUAAUAGUCACUUAAACUAGUGAUUAUGUAUACGUUUUUUUUAUUUGUAUUUGCCUUAGAUCUUAGAGAAACCAUGCAAAUGCAUGGGUUUGGUGUGUAAGUGAUUAAGGUGAUCAUAGCUAACAUCUAGUAAG